UAAAAGAUACCGUAACGCAUUGUUUAUAUAUAUUAUCGACGCUUACGUAAAUCUAUAUACAACACAUAGAUAAUACAUACGUAACUUAUAGAUAAUACAACUCCAAUGAUCGAAUACUUCCGCUUUAAACGAUGUAUAAUAGUAAUCAAACUUUUGAAAAGCCGUGUAAACGUUGGAGAAUGCAGUUGCGAAUGGAAGUGAUCGUAUCUUGUUAAAGUGUGUCAGUAUAACGUUUGAUAAAAGUGGUAUUGUGCCUCAUAAACAGAUUACAUUAGUUCUCGGAAGAAUGUUCAACUCUUAAUAUAGCGUUUUAACUAAUAGCGAUUUUUGUUGUUAUUAGAAAAAAGAGAAAAGAAUAACCUCAAAAUACAUUCGCCUCGGAAACAUCGCUAUUAUUGAGUAACAGGGCAGCCAACGUGCGAAAAUGUCAAAGUGCUCUUAGAAUUCCUAAACCAAUCUAUUGAAGAUCGACAAUGUAUUAGUACGGAACGUAUCUAUUGUAAGGGACGGUUUCUGUUCUACAAACAGGCAGAACCGCGGAGGGUGUUAGAAAAAUUUGUAUUUUGUCAUCCUUGUCAUCGGAGCACCGGGAGUACUGUCAAACAAUAAUUAAAACAAAUUGUUGUCGUCAAAGAUAAAUUAAUAAACCGACAUGGGAGACGGGCGGAAAGGCGAACGGCAGCCGUUAUUAAAGAACGAAAAUGUCAUUUACAAUUCACAGAUCAGCGACUUAGAUGAGACACAAUCUACUGUCAGCACAGUACCUGCAAUAGGCCCUGAUGAACUACCACCUCCGUAUGAAUCAUGCAAUCAAUCAGGUGGUAUGCCUAUGGUUACUUGCAGAGUUUGUCAGGCUAUGAUAGAUAUAUCUGGUAAAAAAGAUCAACAUGUUGUCAAGUGUUGUCAGUGCAAUGAAGCAACACCUAUACGAAAUGCACCACCAGGAAAGAAGUAUGUUCGCUGUCCUUGUAAUUGUUUAUUAAUUUGUAAGAGUUCUUCACAACGUAUUGCUUGUCCAAGGCCCAAUUGUAAACGUAUUAUUAAUCUUGCUCCAAGUCCAAUUACACCACCCGUUCUUUCUAUGCCUGGAAUGUGUAGGGUAUGCUGUGCUCACUGUCAUGACACAUUUUUGUUCAAUACUCUGAAUAAUGCUUUGGCUCGAUGUCCACAUUGUCGGAAAAUAUCUUCUGUUGGCCCAGAUUUUGCUAGAGGUCGAGGUAUUGCAUUCAUAAUCGUCGGAAUAAUAGUUUUAGUAAUUGCAAUAGCUGUGACUGUUGGAACACAUAAAUAUGUGAAAACUAGUGGUGGAGUUUAUGUAGCUUAUGUUGGUGGAUUUCUACUGGCACUUUUGUGCUUUGGACGCAGCAUUUAUUAUUGUACAAUGAAAAUUAGUAUGAUAGAAGGUCCCAUGUAGUCCCCUAAAUGACAAUCAAUUGCUAAUAUUUUAAAACCAAUUCCUCUAACAUCUAUGUCGUAUAAUAAUAUAUUUAGAUCAAAUGUUUAUAGUAAUAAUAAUGACAUACAAGUCCUUUUUGGGCAAUACUUUGUAGAUGUAUACAUUCUUAAAGAUGCAUAUGCGAGUUUGUAUUGAUAAUAAUAAGCAAACUCUCUUACAUAUGCAUAUACAGAUGUACAUGUUAUGGACAAAGAGAACAUGUAUCUGAUAUAUAACAUUUUCUCAUGUAAGGUAAUAUAUCUAGAAAUACUAGCAAGUGAUGGGGUGUCCAUUUUAAACAUAAAGGAUUGUUCCUCUGCACUUUUAUAUACAAGCACAGGACCAAUAAAAUAUCCCCAUUGUAUUGUUUUCAUAUUUGAAAUAAAUUACGCUAUAUAUGCUUUCUACAUCUACAGUAACAUAUAAACUGCACAUAGUAUAUACACAAAUAAAACGACUUCGCAUGAUUGUUAUUCCAGUUGCUAUACAUACAGCUAUGUAUAUUGUGUUUUUAAUUCCGUACUUGCAUUGUCCUUCAAAUAUCUUUUCCAAAAACAAAAGAAAAGUACGAAUGGGUAUCAUUUGAAAGACACUUCUAGUGUUAUGUAUUAUUUGACAUGCAAGUAAAAUUAUAUAAAAUACA